ACUUUUUUACUCUUGUGAAAUUAUAGACAGCCCAGGUGUUGGCGCAAAUGUCAGCUGUCUAAUCUAAAAGGAAUACAGAUCUGUGAUUGGAAUAUUUUACGGGAUAAAUUAAACUUUUUAAUAAUAGAUCGUGUUAUAAUUUUCUAAAGGAACUGUUGUUUAUAAAAGGCAUGGAGGGCCAGCAGGUGAGAGCCCUAUAUGAUUUUACGGGUGAACCGGGAACAGCAGAAUUAUCAAUUGUAGCUGGAGAAACUUUGACAGUUAUGAGAGAUAAUGUUGGUGAUGGAUGGUGUGAAGGUUAUAAUCAGAAAGGACAAUCAGGACUUUUUCCUGCAGCUUAUGUUCAAAUUGUGGAGGCUGCACUGGCAACACCAGCAGGUGGUAUGACGGUAUCACAACAAAGUACAGGCGAAUUUUGGGAUGACGAUUGGGAUGAUGAUUCUGAAGUUGGUCAAACUCAAGCUUAUGUUCCUCCAACACAUAAAAAUCAAGUGAUUCCAUCUCAACAUUCUGUUACCAAUGAAUAUGGUGAUUCAGUUUCAAUGCACACUAUUCAUUCUGUUAUAUCUGAUAAACCAGUUCCAAAUGUACCAAAGAAAAACAAUAAAUUUUCCACUCUAAUUAAAUCUGGUGAGGAUAGCUUUUUACUUGGGACAAAAAGCAUUCAUGUACCAGAGAAUGAGGAGAUAAUUAUCAAUGAAACUAAUGGACAUUGUUAUUGGGAUUCAACAAACGAGAGUUAUAAUUGCGUUGUUACAUCACCUAAAAAAGAAUCAAAACUCAAGGGAUUAAAAAGUUUUAUCGUUUAUCAAUUAACUCCCACGUUUAAUAAUAUUCAAGUUUCUCGCCGAUACAAACACUUUGAUUGGUUACAUGAGAGAUUAGAAGAGAAAUUUUGCUUUAUUCCAAUUCCUCCAUUGCCCGAUAAACAAAUCUCAGGACGUUAUGAGGAACAAUUUAUUGAACAUAGACGAACUCAAUUACAAGAAUUUGUUGAUUAUGUAUGCAGGCAUCCAGUAUUAUCAAAAAGUCGUGUUUGGGAACAUUUUAUAACAUGUACUGAUGAAAAACGUUGGAAAGCAGGCAAACGACAAGCUGAAAAAGAUGAAUUACUUGGUGUUAAUAAUUUUAAUGCAAUUAAAUGUCCUGAUACACCAUUAGAUGCAAUUAAAUUUGAUGUUAAAAUUGACGCUUUUUCAAGAUUUAUAAAUGGAUUAGAUCCUGUGGUAAAAAAUUUUAUGGCAAUGGCUGUUGAUCAAACUAAAAAACAUCAAGUUUUAUAUAAACGAGAAUUUCAAAAAAUAGGACAGUGUUUUGUUUAUCUUGGCAAUGCUUUGGAUCCAAGUAGUUUUCAAGUUGAAGAAACUAGUAGAAAUAAAUUGACGGAAGCAUUAAAAAUAACUGGCGAAGCAUAUAAUGAAAUUGGCAGACUUUAUGAAGAACAACCAAAGUUUGAUUGGGAACCACUUGGUGAUAAAUUUCAUAUUUAUAGAGGAAUUAUUAGCAAUUUUCCAGACGUUAUCAGCAUACACAAGAGUGCAGUACAAAAGAGACGAGAUUGCGAGAGACUAGUCAGUGAACACAAAAUGGAAUCACAACAAUUACGUGAACUCUCUCAUCGAACAGAUAUAAUAGCACGUGCACUAGGUGCUGAAGAAUCUCAUUUACUAUCUGAACGAGAGGUUCAUAUAAAUCAAGCUAUGAAAAAUCAUUUAGUAGAACAGAUUAAAUUUUAUCAAAAUAUAGUUAAUAAGCUUCAGGAAGCAUUGCAAGCUUAUGAUGGCUGAUAAUAAUUUUUAAAAAAUACCAUUCUUGCUACAAUUUUUUUUUUUUCUGAAAUAAUGCAGAUGUGAUGAGCAUUAUUUCAUAUUAAAUUAGUAAUUAAUUCUAACAAUGUACAUCGUACAUUAAAUUUUAUUACAAAAUAAGUAUAAUAUAUUUAAAAUAUUUUUGAAAAAAUUAAUUUAAUUUGGCGAUAAUUAAAAUUGAAUACUUAAUUAAUCCAAAGUUUUAAUACUUUGGUUUUAAGUGCAUGGUAUUUAUUUUUUUUGUGAAAAUUUUAAUAUUUUCAAAGAAUUUUUUUUUUUAUACAAACCAAAUAAAUAUUGUGGAUAUUAUGAUUUUAAAUUUAAAUCUUAUUGAUCUUCCAGGCAGCUGGCAAAUUCUUAUUUAUCUUUGUUAAUAAUAAUUUUUUACAGUUAUUAAUUUUAUAGCCAGUGUCUUGUAAGUAAAUUUGUAUAAAUAUUAAUUUAUUAGUUUAAUAUGUAAUGUGUAAGUUUUUUUUUGUGAAAAUUGAAAAGUCACAAGUGAAGCACGUAUUUAACUUUUUUUUUUUCUUUUUGUUUAAAUGUGACUUUUUACUGAUAGUCUAAAAUGUGUGCCUUCGUCUUGCGAUUUCAUUGUAUUGACAUGAUAUUUCUUUUUUUUAUCAUGCAUUUAUAUGAAUUUUUUAAUUGUAAAAUAAAUAAUGUAUAUUGAAUGUAACAAUGUGCCUCUGAUAAAUGGGCUUUUCUCAAUAUUUUUUUCUUUUAGUGAAAAAUUGUAUCAAAUUAUAUUUUAAAAAUUGCACAUAUUUAACACAGCAAAUUGUUUAAAAAUUCACUUGUGUAAAAAACAAAUUUAUGUAUAUUAAUUUUAGUAUUUAAGUCUGCGUCUUAUUUAUUUUAAUAUGUCAUAUAUAUAUAUAAAUUAUACAAGUUUAUAAAAUCAUGUCUUGCGUUAAAAGAAAUUAAUUUUAUAUGUAUAAAUAUUAUUAACAAAAAAAAAUCAUUCUUUUGAAUGGAAUAAAUUGUUUUUAAGUUUAAAAAUGUUGCAUAUUAUAAAUUUUUAUUUUUUAUUCACAACGCGUUAGAAUUUAUAACGUAAAAUGAAAAAUUUUAGUUUUAAUCCUAUAAAGUACUUAGAAAUUAAUUAAUACUUUUUUCCAAGAAUGUGUGAUUUUAUUAAUGUCUAAUUUUACAUUUCCCUCCAACGUACAAACCGCACAUAAGAUUUCGGAGUUCUAAAAAAAUAAUGGUACUUCGUUGCCUGUUUGUCUUUAUAGAAUCCCUACACAUACAUCACAUCCACAUAAAAACGUGUAACGUAAAUAUAUUUUUUUCAUAUUUUUAAUAUUUAUAUAUAUAUAUAUCUGGUUCUUUUUCUUUUAUCUUGAAUAAAGACUUAAAACGUAGGUCAGAGAAAAAUUAUAUAGACUCGAUAAUAAUUAUAUUAGCACUCUUUAAGUACUAUUCAAUUCAAACUACCCAUUCAAACCGAAGUCUGUUUCUUUACAUACGGAAAAAUAUAUUAUUUCAUUAUUUGAAUUUAUGUAUGGCACAUUUCAAAAAGGCAUUCGAGAAAUGAAAUCAACACUAAUAUUACAAAGACAAUAUUUACAGUAGAAUGAUUUUUUUUUUUUUUUUAAUAUAAGUUUUUUUUGGGGGGAGAAUGAGGGGAAGGAGGGUAAGUAGUGUGCAAUAUUAUAGUGUUUCUCGAAUUCCAUUAAAACAGAAUAACGUUUAGAAGUUUGCGAUUGAAAAAGUAUCGUGCGAUAUAGAAAGUGCGACAGUUAGGAGUAUAGUUUUCAAAUAUUUUGGAUAAAUAUCCAAAAGUUAUAUUUACAGAAUAAUAAUAUUUAAGUACCAUAAAAGACAAGGGCAACGCGAAGCAAUUUGAGAAGUGUUUGAAUUAAAAGUGCUCUUAAAACUGUGCGCAUACAAAUUUUCUCAUUACCAUCAGACUUUGACACUAGUUUUUUUUUUUUUUUUUUUCUUUUACAUCUAGAUGACUAUUCCCCUUUCUCUGAAGUUAUUAUUAACAAUAAUUUAAAAAUUGACUCGAAAUUUAAAAAUAAUUCAUCAUAGAUAAUUUGAAUAAAGAAAUUUUAAUUAUAAAAGAAUUAAUUUUACUUUCACCAUAUAAAACUUCAAAGAAAGUUCUAAGCUUAGAUCUAGUCCCUUUUAAUUAUUCCCACUUGCAGUUUUUCUGCGACUCGAUAUUUUUUUUUUGGGAGCUAAAUUGGUAGAAAAAUUUAGAUAUCAUUAUAGAAGUGAAAAGACGAAAUCAGAUGAUCAUAGUAACGCCUUGAACUUUUUAAAUUUGAAAAAAAGACUCAAUUUUGAAUUUUUAAUUAUAAAUUUUUCGAUAAAUUAAUUGAUUAUUGUAAAAUAAAAUUUGGCGCAACAAUGAGCAACUGAUUUCACAAUACAUUUUCGAAAUGUGCUUCUUAUCACAAUAGAAUAUGUCAUGGAAAUAUAAGCUGCAAAUUUAUUCCUUUAAAAGACAUUGCGCUAAUUCGCCGCAAUAUUAUUAUAUAUUUGAAAUCGCGUGCAGGCAAGAUUCUACUUCGUAAACUAUAAUCCGUGAAUAUACACAAGGCCUUAACAUUAAAUUGCGUUUUUAGAACUUCGCGUUGCUAAAAUAUGAAAAGUGCUGAAUUCCAAAGAUUGAGCGAUUUUCCUGAUCCUUUAAAAGCAUUUUAAAGUUAAUAGAUCAGAACAUAAUGAUACAAUUAAGGCUGAAGCAUAUCCUUGCCUACAAAGUGCAAUAGUUUUUCUUUUAUAAAACAUGAGCUUCAUUUAACUUGUAACUCUUGAUUUAGUCUUUAAACUUCCCUGAUAAUGAAACGCUCUCUAUUUUAAUGAACGAUAAAUUUAAAAAAAAAAAUGUAAAUAAAUAAAGAGAAAUGUAAAAAAGGCGUAAUAGUGCAAAUCUAAUAUUUUUUUUGCACUUUUAUCGCUGACAAGAGAGAGACAGAGAGAGAUUAAUUUUAUCGAACAUUUUCAAUAGAGUAUCGCCGAUCUGUUUUUUUUUUGUUUUUGUCUUUUUUAUGUCAUCCGUUGGCAUUCUACAAUACAUAACGUUCCGUCUUUUUGCGCGAUGAAAGACAUGCAUGUCGUAUAUCAAUUUAUAAUUAGGUACCAAAGUAUUUUUUCGAUAAAAGUGAAUAACAAUUUGCAAGCAUAUAUAUAAUAAUUAUAUAUGUUUAACAUCAUCCGUGCGUUAUUUCCCUAUAUCGAUUUAGCUUUUAUAUAUAGUCAUACCUCAGAGCGAUUUAAUAAAAUAAUAUUUAUAUCAUAUAUCUUAAGAUUAAAGAUAAUAAUUAAAAUUAUAUUUUUAUAUAUUCGAGUCAUAUAAUCAACUAAUAAAAAUCCAUUCGUACAAUAUUCUUGUCUCGAUAGUGCCCGAUUUCGGACGGACGUCUACUGUAGUUUUGAGAUAAUACAGCAAAAAUUUUGCUCAAUAAGGAGCAUUUUUUAUUUUACCAAACUUCUCACUUUAUUGUAUUGCUUCACACCGGUUAUAUAAAAAAAAAUAUAUAUAUUGUAUAUUAAAUAUUUUGAUAUUAAAUAUCUUUUUAUAAAAAUCUAUCUAACAAAUUAAAUCAAUUUUUAUUUAUUUUGACCCAUUACUUUUUAAAUUGUAGAAAGUAAAUUAUUUUUAAUCUCUUUCGAGUAGAGUAGAAAAUAUAAUAUCAUUGUUCAUAAUACAGAAAUACAGUUAAAAAAAAAAAAUAAAAUAAGAAUACAAAAUAUAUAUUCAAUUUUUAAUAGAAUUUAAUACUGUAUUAUUAAUAAUUUAAAGAAAUGGGACAAAAUAAACAUUGUUUAACUAUUUUCAGAUAUGUUUAGAUCUAAAAUAAAAUUCGUGAAAUUAGAAUUUUGAAAUCUAAAAUAAAUGUAUAUACACCUGUAAUAUCAAAUUUUUAAAAUGUUUCCAUUUUCUUAUUAUAUCAUAUAUAUAUAUAUAUAUAUAUUUGAAUAAAAGUAAGAAAAUUGAAAACAUUCUAUGAUAUAGUUAUAGUGUUAAAGAGAUUCUGGUCCCAGAAAUAUAUCUAAGUGAAAAAAUCGAAAAAAAAUAACUUUUUUUUUCGAUGGAAAUAAAUAUGAGAACAUUUAUUGUCUCUAUUAAAAAGAUCUAAACUAAGUUUCACACUCAGACCCCUAAGUUUCAUCACCUUUUUACACUUUUCUGUUUCUCUUAUUUCAUUUUAUAAAACUGAAAAAUUAGAGAGCUUAUUUACACUAUAUAUCUAAUAGCAAUUCAGGUACCCUAGAUUAAUUAUCAACAUACAUUUACUUUGGAUUUCAAUAAACUGUUUUCACAUUAAUAGUAAUUAAAAAAAAAAAAUAAUAAAACUUUUUCUCUGAAUUAGUGUAGUAAAAAUUUUAAUUAAAAAUUUAAAGAAAUCAUUUAAUGAUUGUUUAAUUCCUGUGUAAUUAUAUUCAUUGUCAAUAUCACAAUGUUAUUUUAUUGAUUGUUUAAAACUUUUAAGUCAAAAAAAAAAAAAUUAAAAUUCUAUUAUAGAAUGUAUACAUCACAGAGUUGAUUGUAGUCUUUUCUGUCUUUUUUUUUUUCUUCUUUAGAAAAUAAUAUAUAGUAUAUAUCUAUUAUAGUUCAAGGAACAGACACCGGUGUGAGCACAAACAACAUUUUUUUUUUUUUUUUUUUUUUAUCCAUUUACCGUGUUUU